UGUGUUGUUGUGCGGUUGACGUCCGAGCUCGAGGGUCCCGGCAAGUCCUCGUGUGUUUGAGGUACUGCAAGGUGACAGAUUGUUGAGGAAUUAUGGCAGAUCAACCCGCUCAGGACCCUGCAGCUGCUGCGGAGGGGGAUGGCAAGCCCAAGACGGCUAAGCAGCUGGAGAAGGAAGCCAAGAAAGCCGCCAAGUUAGCGAAAUUCGCGGAGAAGCAAGCUAAGGCCGCCGAGAAGAAAUCGGAUGGGCCGAAACAGGAGAAAAAACCGAAGAAAGUUGAAGAAAAAAAAGUUGCCACAUAUGACUUACCGACAGCUCCAGGUGAAAAGAAGGACGUAACUGUUGAUUUGCCGGCACAGUACAGCCCAAAAUAUGUUGAAGCUGCAUGGAAUGCCUGGUGGAAGAAGGAAGGUUUCUUCAAGCCAGAAUAUGGGAGGAAUUUGGAUGAGCCUAAUCCAAAAGGGAAUUUUGUUAUGGUAAUUCCACCACCAAAUGUCACGGGAACUCUUCAUCUGGGUCAUGCGCUCACAAAUUCAAUUGAAGAUGCUGUCUGCCGCUGGCACAGAAUGAAAGGUUACACAACAUUAUGGGUGCCAGGUUGUGAUCACGCGGGUAUUGCUACUCAGGUUGCCGUGGAAAAGAAAGUCAAACGGGAAGAAGGAAAGAGUCGCCACGAUCUGGGACGAGAUGAGUUUAUUAAACGUGUUUGGCAGUGGAAGAACGAGAAAGGUGACCGUAUCUACCAGCAGAUGGAGGAGAUGGGAUCAUCUCUGGACUGGGAUCGUGCAACAUUCACCAUGGAUCCUGGACCUCAGGAAGCAGUCAAAGAGGCAUUUGUGAGAAUGCAUGAAGACGGGACAAUUUACAGGUCAAACAGGCUUGUAAACUGGUCAUGCACCCUUAAGUCAGCCAUCUCUGAUAUUGAGGUAGAGAAAAAGGAUCUGCCAGGCCGCACUGAAAUGGUAGUACCAGGCUACACAGAUAAAGUAGAAUUUGGUGUGCUUGUAUCCUUUGCUUAUCCAGUAGAAGAUUCUGAUGAACGGAUAAUUGUUGCAACUACACGUAUUGAGACCAUGCUUGGAGAUACUGCUGUAGCUGUCCACCCAAAGGAUGAGAGAUACAAACAUCUGCAUGGUAAGAUGGUUAUCCAUCCCUUCACAAACCGCAAGCUGCCGAUUCUCCAGGACGAUUUCGUAGAGAUGGAAUUUGGUACUGGUGCCGUAAAGAUAACUCCAGCUCAUGAUCCCAACGAUUAUGAAGUUGGGAAGAGGCACAAUCUCCCAUUCCUCACCAUAUUUACAGAUGAUGGAAUCAUUGUGGAUGGUUAUGGCCAGUUUGCAGGAAUGAAGCGAUUUGAUGCUCGUAAAGCUGUGUUAGAAGCUCUGAAGGAGAAGGGUCUCUAUAUUGAAACAAAGGAUAACCCAAUGGUGGUUCCUGUGUGCUCAAGAUCCAAGGAUAUUAUUGAACCAAUGAUCAAACCACAGUGGUAUGUGAAAUGUCUUGAUAUGGCAGCUAAGGCUGUUGAAGCUGUAAAGUCAGGGGCAUUGGAAAUCAUUCCCAAAAUGCACGAGAAGACAUGGUUCCACUGGAUGGAUGAGAUGCGGGAUUGGUGCAUUUCAAGGCAGCUUUGGUGGGGCCAUCAGAUUCCCGCUUACUUUGUGGAAAUUGAAGGGUCAACCUCGCCUUUGGAAGAUAAGGACGAUUAUUGGGUCAGUGGUCGAUCUGAGGAAGAAGCUCGGCAGAAAGCAGCGAAGAAGUUUAAUGUGCCUGCAGAAAAGAUAAAGUUGACACAAGAUCCUGAUGUAUUGGACACCUGGUUCAGCUCCGGUCUGUUUCCAUUCUCGGUGUUCGGUUGGCCCAACCAGACUCGGGAUAUGGAACUGUUCUACCCCAACUCCCUUCUCGAGACAGGUCACGACAUCCUCUUCUUUUGGGUUGCAAGAAUGGUUUUCUUUGGACAGAAAUUAUUGGGCAAACUUCCUUUCAAGCAAGUCUACCUUCAUGCCAUGUUGCGUGAUGCUCAUGGACGCAAGAUGAGCAAAUCCUUAGGCAAUGUUAUUGAUCCAGUUGAUGUCAUCCUUGGCAUUACACUAAAGGAACUCAAUAGCAAACUUGAGGAAAACAGCAACCUGGACCCACGUGAAGUUGAGAAAGCCAAGGAGGGGCAGAAGCGAGACUACCCUCAAGGAAUCCCUGAGUGUGGCACUGAUGCCCUUCGUUUUGCUCUUUGUGCCUACACAGCUCAAGGUCGUGAUAUCAACCUGGAUGUUCUACGUGUCAAUGGUUAUAGGAAUUUCUGCAACAAGCUGUGGAAUGCCACCAAAUUUGCUCUGAUGAACCUUGGCAAAGAUUUCAAGCCACAUGAGUCUUUGAAGACCUUACAAGAGAUGGUAAGAUCAAGAAACAGCAAUAGCCUGGCUAAUUCCAGCCAUGCCACAACUGGUCCGUCCAACAACAAUCAGUGUAGUGAUAAUAACUUACCAAGCUUAGUGGAAUUGAACAAUACAUUAGAACAGUACAGUUAUAUUGAAGGGUACAGGCCGACACAAUCUGACCUUCACGUGCUUGAAAGAUUAGGAAAAACGUGUGGCUCUCUGUCACAGUACCCACACCUCUUGCGCUGGUAUUGCCACAUGUCCAGUUUUUCGCAAGAGGAGAGGAAGUCCCUCCCUAAAGCAGGGCACAGUCGGGUAUCUUCUUCCAUAGCUAGUCAUAGGGAGGGCAACAGCUUAAGCAUGGUGGACAGGUGGAUGCUACACCAACUUUCAGUAGCUGUGAAAGAGUGUAAUGCUGCCUUCAAGGAGUUCAACUUUCCACGAGCAACCACUGCCCUCUACAACCUUUGGUGGUACCAGCUGUGUGAUGUGUACUUGGAAUGCCUGAAGCCAGUCAUGUACUCUGACAACGAGGAAGCAAAGAACUUAAGCCGUAAUGUUUUAUACACAGCUUUGCAUGUUGGAUUGACUCUAAUUUCUCCAUUCAUGCCAUUCUUGUCUGAGGAACUGUUCCAGCGGCUCCCAUCACGCACAGCAAACCAGCCACCUUCAAUCUGUGUCACGUCAUAUCCAGAAUCUGAGGAGUAUGAUAUCUUCUUUGAUGAAAAAGUAGACGAGAAGUUCAAGUUUGGCCAAAAGGUUAUUGGUGAAGUGAGAUCAGCCAAGGCCAAGUAUGACAUUCCCAACAAAACAAGGAUUGAAUUGACCCUGCAGUCAGAAAAUGAAGAUAACAGAGCCACCCUGGAGUCCUUGAUUCAAGAUAUUGCAACACUGUCAGUAUCAGAUGUUAAAAUCUCAACUGACAAGCCAAAGGGAUCUGUCCCCACACCUGUAACUGCAGACACUGUAGCUUGGAUGAAAUUGCAGGGAUUGGUCAAUCUUUGCAAAUGUCAGGAAAAGAUCCAGAAAAGGAUAGAGGAUGCAGAGGAGAAGCUGAAGGCUCUUCAGGUUGAAAUGGCAAAGCCAGGGUAUGAAAAGGUGCCAGAGGAAAUCCAAGCAAAAAAUAACACAAAAAAGCUUGAUUUGGAAGCCGAGCUGGAACAGAGUAAGGACGCCAUCACUAAGAUAUUAGCCAUGGAAACCGAGUAGCUGAUAAAUAUGUUGUUAAUCACUAUUCACAGUUAAUUAUAGUUUUUCAAAAGGAAUGAAAAUGCAAUAAAGAAAAGUCUGUACAUAAAGAGGAGUAGGUAAUGUGCCUAUUUUGUCUUAACAACUACGUACACGAUGUAUUGUGAGUUCUGUACAGAGAAUAUAUUUAUAAUUGUUGCACUUAAGUCCUGACCCAGUGAUUAUUAAUAAAUUUUUAUUGUAUGA